UGUUCCUGGCAAAACCCAAACUGAGCAUUGAUGAGCAGGUUCUUGUUUACAAAGGAACUUGAAAUGAAAAGACCUGAAUUAUGAGCUGUUGCGAAAGUCAACUAAUUGAGCAAGCUGAAGCUAAAUCAAUCCAAAAAUUAAAUCCAACCGGCCAAGGAUUCUUACGGCUCCAACAGAUGCUAAGGCGAACCACUUCAGAAAGACGGCCAGAAAGACUGUUUGGAAAGCUUGCCACCGAGGUAUUCGAUCGUAGUCCUACAGUGACUUGAUUUUUGCAUUCGUGAGGUUACAGGAAAACCAAUGGCAUUAAUUAGAAAAAUUAAUCAGGGCUUACUACUCUUAGUUAUUCUGACAUUUUGCCUGGUGCUAUAUAACAAAUUUCACAACACGCCGCUCUACGAGGAAGAGACAGCUGAAGAACUGGAUUCUCAAACCCCACAUAGUCCAGUCCAUACAGCAGAGGAAAGCAAAGAUGAUUCUGUAGAAGAUCUCAUACCUAUCAUAAUAUGUGCUGCGGAGGAUCGAAUGGGAGGAACAAUAGCAACAAUUAAUAGCAUCUACAGUAACACCAAGGCCAAAGUCUUUUUCUACAUAAUCACUGUGAGAGACUCUCUUAGCCAUCUAAGCAAAUGGAUUGAAAGUACGAAACUGAAAGAAAUACAGUACAAGAUAUUGGAAUUCAACCCUAUUAUACUCGAGGGGAAAGUAAGACCUGACUCUGCAAGGCCUGAGUUACUUCAACCUCUCAAUUUUGUCCGAUACUUCAUUCCUUAUUUUAUCCGGAAUCACGAAAAGGUGAUCUACUUGGACGAUGAUGUCAUCAUACAAGGUGAUAUCCAGGAUCUGUAUAACACAGCCUUGAAUCCUGGCCACGCGGCUGCCUUCUCAACAGAUUGUGACCUCACCUCAACUCAUGAGAUGGUUCGGAGUAUGGGAAUGCAGACAACCUAUAUGGGACAUUUGGAUUACAGGAAGGCAACGGUGAGAGCUCUGGGCAUAAACCCCACGACCUGUUCCUUUAAUGUUGGUGUCUUCAUUGCGAAUGUCACAGAAUGGAAACGGCAGCACAUUACAAAGCAACUGGAAAAGUGGAUGGUGAUUAAUGUGGAAGAGAACCUGUACAGCAGUGCGUUGGGUGAAGGGGUAGUGACCCCUCCUAUGUUAAUAGUGUUCCACAAUAAACACACUGUCUUGAACCCGUUAUGGCACAUUCGCCACCUUGGUUGGAGCCCCGAUGCCAGAUAUUCAGAACAUUUCCUUUCUGAAGCAAAAUUGCUACACUGGAAUGGCAGAUUUAAACCCUGGGAUUAUCCCACUGCACAUAUGGAAUUUUGGCAGAAGUGGUAUCUUCCCGAUCCAAUGGAGAUUUUUAGACUUGUGCGACCCAAAAAUUAAGACCUGUACUAUGCAUAGAAACUCAACUUGUUUAUACUUGAUGUAACAAACUAAUUUUUUGAUUUUGUAAUUCUCAGCAGUUAAUCGAUUUUGUUUUGAACGGAAUGUAAUAAUUAUAUAAUUGACCUGUUCUAUUUGCUAGGGAAAAUUUAAAACAGUAUGCAUUCAUUGUGUAAAUUGUUCUAUUUUAGAAAGGUGUUUGCUUUUCUAAUGUUCAGGAAUAUGUUUUUGAAUGAUCUACAUACGGAACAAGGAACAUGACAGCCACUGUCAUGCAGUAGGGAUAUUGAAAACUACACACAAAGAAGGUGCAAUGUAAAACACUCCAGAUUCAGUGACUAUGCUAGGUUAGCAAAGUGGAAAUAAAGAGAUAACUAUCUCAAGACAACUGUAAAACAUAAUAAAAUAAAUGCUAACUUUGUAUACCAGUAUUAAAAAAAAG